CUUAAAAUCGUUUGCCUCUUUUAGUACGCCUCUCAAUAAAUCCCGUCCGUAAAACCUACCGAAACACGAAACGCAAAUUUCUCGAGAAACAAUCUGCCGUCAAGGCUUUCGAAGCCCUAGCACGCUGUCCUUUGCUUCUCGGCCUCAAAAUCCUAUUUCAGCCUCGCCGUCGCCGUCCUCAGUCACUGUCUUUUCUCGUCGCUGCCCAUCAUGUUUUCUCGAAUCCGAUUGCAGAUUAAAAUGGAAUUCACGUUUGAUUUUGUCACUACUAGUGACAUUACGCAAGGGAUUAUUACUUAUGUACGUGCUAACAACCCACGCGGAUAUGGUUUUCGCGGAUAUGAUUUGUGUACUGUUCAAAAGUUUGAAAAACAUGAGCAUGCGGAGAUGGUAUAUAAGAAGCUGAUAGAUUUGUUUGGAGACUUGGUGCCAGAGACAUUAUCUCCCUUUCAAGUUGGAGAGGAUCCUUCAUGGUACCUUGCUAUGUUCCCAUAUGGGAUUCCCUUCGAUCCAUCUGAUUCUGUCGACAAACUCUAUGAAUCCAGUUCAUAUCAGAAUGGUGAGGGAUCAGAAAUUCUUUUCAUAUCAGAAUCUUAUAAAGCUAUCAUAAGGUCUAUGCUUCUGUCUAUUUGGGUCUCGAUGCAAACGCAAGUACGUUGUCGUAUAGACCUAAACUCCAUUUACAUAGAUAGGUGUUGGGCCUUUGAUCAUUCGGAGCCUUUCACGAAGUUCAUGAAAUUUGAUAUUCAAGGUGAGGAUCAACAAGGUGACGAAGCUGAGGUGCGUGAUAAAUUGAAGAAACUUUUUGAGGAGAUCAAUAAAGUAUCUGGCAUUAAAGGUGGUCUAACAGCAGAAUUUGAUGUUUUUUUUGAGACUUUCGACUUGGAUGAUCCAAUGAAAUUGUUUGACAAUAUUCUCUUUGCAACGAAAUUUGAGCGCGUGGAUUUCAUCCAUCGCUUACAUGCAUUCCUUGAAAAUAGUCCCGACAUUAUGAUUUAUGGUGAUGACACUAAAGAUGCAUUUGGGGAGGAUGGCGAUGAACAGUUGAACCAUCUAAUUGAUGACCUUUCGCAAGAGUGGUUCACAGGCGACCUUCGUGUCCUCAUUCCAAGUAAAAAACGCACUUUUGAAGUUAUGAUGAAACCCCAUGAAGCCAAUAUGAGGAGAUGCAUUCAAACCAUAUCAAACUUGUACCAUUAUGCUGAAGAGAAAAGUGAAUUGGACAAGGCUCAACUUGUGGAGAAAAUCCAUAGCAUCUUUCCGAAGCACAUUGCUGCAUUAGCUCGAGGUUCAACGAGGUUGAAUCUCCGGAUGUCAUUUGAAUCAUGUGAGGAUUGGAUUGAUGCAUUUGAAAAUGUUAGAGACAUUCAUCAACAGACCAGUGAUCCUGAUGACAAUCCUAUGGGAGACACUAGAUCUCUGCCCCCGAGGGCAGCUCAAUCUUAUAUAAUUUGACUUUCAGAUCUUGAUUUUUCUUUGUUCCACAAGUACUUAAGCCAGUUUGGCAUACUUUGGUGGAGUUACUGGUUUGAUUUAGUAGUGUAAUAUUGAAUUAUGUUUUAAUUGUGAUGUGUAAUAGUGAAUCUGAUUUUUAAUUUGACCGC